AUGCAAUCGAUUCAUAGUCGACGUAUUGCCCCGUACCCGCUUGAUACUGAUACUAAUGCGGGAGCAGCCAAAGAUAUGAUUGCUCCGGGAAUAGAAAAUAGAACGAUGUGGGCUUGUUUUAUUAUGGACCGUAUGAUUAGUUCGGGGACGUACAAUCCGCCCAUGCUUCCUUUAUCUGAAAUGGAGAAGCUGAAGGUUUCCCGACCCCUAAGUACGGUUGAAUUUGCAUUCGGGACCAGUGCAAGCCUUUGGUCUGGAGCCACAGGCCAGAAUAUUACCUGGCCGGAGCGUCAGCCAUCGGGCCUUUUAGACAUCACGCAAUGUUAUGAGAUUCUGGUGUCUGGCUUUGAUAUAUGGGCACAAGUAAUGACGUUCAUCUUCAAUGAUGGUCGGCGAGCACCAGGGAUGUGUGCCCCAGAGAAUUGUCCUUGGGUACCGGGUUCCCCGUGGUCAAGAACCAAGGCACAAUUAGAGAGAUGGAGAGCCGGCCAACAUGAUCGCCUCUAUUACCCGAGUAACAGCGUUGCAAUCCACAUGACCUUGGGCUAUGGGGAAUCAUUUACAUACAUUAAUCUUCUCUAUUAUUUGAGGUCAGACACUAGCCUGUCUCAAUGGAUCUGUUGCACGAGGCAUCUGAAUGCGGUGCCCAUCUCAUGA